AUGGCGGAUCGUAGGAGGCAGCGCGCUUCGCAAGAUAGCAGCGACGAUGAGUCUGAUUCGCCUUCUGGAAGUACAGCCCCUUCCCCGCGCGGUGCCCAUCGCCUUGGCCUGGCUGGAACGGGAGGCAACGGUGGUGGUACAGCCGGUACUGAAAGUGUGGAGGUGGCGGUGACCGUGGGAGUUAGCCCGGCCGACUCGGAAUGUGAAAGUGAAGAUGGCAUAGAAGGAGAUGCUGUUCUCUCUGACUAUGAAAGUGCUGAGGACUCUGAGGCUGAAGAGGGGGAAUACAGUGAGGAGGAAACAUCCAAAGUGGACCUAAAGCAGGACAGUAAUGAUACUGAACUGACAACAAAAGCAGACAAAGGGGAUGAAAAAGCAGAAUCCAAAGGCACUGUGGCGGGCGAGAGGCAGAGUGGUGAUGGACAGGAAAGCACUGAAGCAGUUGAGAACAAGAUUGGGAAAAAAAUUCCCAAGCACCUGGAUGAUGAUGAGGACCGGAAGAACCCUGCAUACAUACCUCGCAAAGGUCUUUUCUUUGAGCAUGACCUUCGUGGGCAAACCCAGGAAGAGGAAGUCCGGCCCAAGGGCCGUCAGCGAAAGCUGUGGAAAGAUGAAGGUCGGUGGGAGCAUGACAAGUUCCGGGAAGAUGAACAAGCACCAAAAACAAGGCAGGAAUUGAUUGCUCUUUAUGGAUAUGAUAUUCGCUCAUCACACAACCCUGAUGAUAUCAAGCCCAGGAGGGUUCGCAAACCAAGAUUUGGUAGUCCACCACAGAGAGAGACAAACUGGUCCAAUGAAUGGCCAAGUAAGCCACCGCGACAUCAGAGUUUGGACAGUAGUCCAGUGCCACCCCGAACAUUCAUCAACCGAAACUCAGCCGGGACAGGACGGAUGCCUCCACCAAGGACUUUCACAAGACCCAGUGGCUACAAAGAGACCCGCCCAAGCUAUCGUGCUGUGGAUGUGAGCAGUCAGCAUGCACCUCGCUUCAGUGACCAUUCAAAGCACGAGAACAGUUACCGGGCCAGGCGCUCCGAGCCAAUUCCCCCACGAGAGCCUUCUCCAGAGGCAGAGAUUCCACAUACACACAACAGCCCUGAUAAAAAGGAGGAAGUAAUUUCAGAAAGCCAAGCAACUCCUACUGAUAUUCUGCAGCCGCCACCAGAUAGACCUGUGGAAAAGAAGUCCUAUUCCCGGGCAAGAAGAAGUCGGAAUAAAGUGGGUGAGAUAGGGAAGUUGGCUGAUGAAGUCCCACCUCCAUCAGGCUCAACACCAACACCCCUGAAAACUACAGAGGUAAUACCAUCCCAAUCACCUGCAAAGACUGGUAACUGGGAUGUACCUGUUGAAGCCAAUCUAGAUGGCCUUGAACAAGACAUGACCCAACUGAAUAUAACAGAACAGAACUGGAACCAGGGACAGCCCCAGUUCAUACAACCUCAGGGUAUUCCUAACCAGAUGCACAUUGGGACAGCCCCACCCCCUCAGUUCAACAGGAUGGAAGAGAUGGCAGUCCAGGGGGGGCGUGCAAAACGCUACUCAUCACAGCGUCAGAGGCCUGUCCCUGAGCCUGCUCCACCGGUGCACAUAAGCAUAAUGGAAGGGCACUAUUAUGACACAUUACCGUUCCAAGGACCUAUAUACACCCACAGUGAGAAUCCUGCCCCAUUGCCUCCCCAAGGUGUGAUUGUUCAGCCAGAAAUGCAUCUCCCUCAUCCAGGAUUACAUCCACACCAGACACCUGCACCUUUGCCUAACCCUGGUUUGUAUCCUCCUCCGGUCUCUAUGCCCCCUGGACAACAGCCACCGCCGCCGCCACCACAGCAGCUGCUGGCACCAACCUACUUCUCCCCUCCUCCCGGAGUGAUGAAUUUCGGCAGUCCCAGUUACCCCUAUCCUCCAGGAGCACUUCCGCCACCCCCACCUCCCCAUCUUUAUCCCAACACUCAAGCCCAGUCUCAGGUGUAUGGGGGGGUUACCUAUUACAACACGGUCCAGCAGCAAGUGCAGCCAAAACCUUCGCCACCGCGAAGAACAUCCCAGCCGGUUACCAUCAAGCCGCCCCCUCCUGAGAUUCUCGUUACAGGUUGUAAACAGGGCUCCAGUUAACAUUUCUAAACGGUUUUGAAGGUGAGCUUAGAAGUUAAGAACAAAGUUGAUGUUUGGAUCCUGUUUAACUCAACCAAACAAAGUCCACCCCAUUAAAAAUCCAUGUUGCUAACUGCAAGAUUGCCAUGUGACAGAUUACUUCACAGUAAAAUUGAUUGCAUUUUUAAUGAAGUGUAAAAACAAAGCAUUAUUUAUCUGAUUUGGAAAAACCUUUGUUUCUUCCUUUUAAUUUCCUGUUUUAAUGUGCUUUUUGGUUCACAUGAAAAUGUUGCUUUUCUUACUUCACCAUCAAAAUAUUAAUUCAGUAUAUUUAGCAAAUUGCAAAAAGAGAGGGGGGUGCUGAACUGAGCCCUUCUCUCUCAGAAUUGGUGGUGAGAUAGUAUUGUCUAGGAAUAUGCCUUUGUAGAAAUCUCAUACUUCUUCCAUUUGGUAAGUCACAAAUCUAGAUUAUAAGCUCCCUAAAUCUUCUGCAGACAGCAAGGGGCCAUUUUUUAAUCUUCCCUUCUUGAUUUCUUGAAGUCAUUUCAUAAUCCAUUUAUUUGGGAUUUCUAGCAUCAUUCAGACCUUUGCUUACUCCACAAAAGGCAGCAACUGCUAACAAGGUUAAUGGCUCAUCUGCAUAACGCUCACUUUUUUGACAUGUUAGUGGUAGCUCGUUAACUUCUGGCUGAUAAAGUUUACUGUUCUCUAGAAAUGCAUGCAGGCUUAACUCACUAAAAGCAUAAACCUUUGACUGCAGCAUGAUAGUUCAGUCUGUAGGUGAGGGUUUAAAGGGGAAAAGGGCCAUCCUACCAAAUAAUUUCAUCUAGCCAACUAGUAGACUGGGGGAAGCCUGAGCUAGAGCCAGUCGUCAUGUGUGCAGGAAUACUGUAGUUUCUGUUCUGAAAAGCAUCCUGUCAUGUGAACUGAACCACCUGCACUCUGAAGUGGUACAACCUGACACAGGUUUACCACCCCAGUAAGAACAAUGUUGCACUAUGAAUCACCCACCGCUUUGCUGGAAGUAUCAAGCUGAGGAAGGAUCCCCAGGCCAUCUAUUCUGAUUUAUUGACCUGUUGGUAAACAGCUGACUCAUAAGGUACAAGAGAAGUGAAAAGGUUGUAUAAAGAACAGUGCAAAGACAUGUGCAUUUAAUAGAAGGAGGUGAUAAAGGGUGAGAUCGGAACAUUGAUUCAGCCCAGGUCACAGCUGACCAUAGUUUCGACCAUGGAUCGACUCCACAGAGCUCAUAGGUCAUAUGUUGCCCUCAUAUGGCCAUUUGUAUGUUGUCUCACAGACAUAAUUGCUGCUGAAAUCUGAGGGAUUCUUUUGUAAAAUGGUGUAUUUCCCCACAUGCUGUGCUUUCUAGUAGAAUCAGCUACUUGAAGGGCUGGUGGGAGCACAAUGGGUUGGGAAACAAAGCUGUGUGCAACUCUGUGCCCUCAUCCCAGCACAAUUGCUGGGAUUUUGGAAGCACCUUUGUUGACAGUGACAACUUCGGCAGAAGCGUGUGCCCCAUGAAAGACUCCGUAGAGGCUAGUGGAGCCUUCCAGCCCCAGAGAGUUGCCCUUGGUUAGACCAUAGCUGUAGAUUCAACUGGAACCCCAUGGCAAAAACUUGGCACACUAGAGGUGAAUGGAACAGGCGUGGGGAAGCAGGGCGAUUUCCUGCACAGAACUUUCAUGUGCCCUGUCAAGGCCUAAAACUGGUCAAACUUGCUACUUCCAGCUCUUAAGCCUUAUUAAUGCUUGGUCUCUGAUUCCUUUUCUCCCUUGUUUGAUAUUUAGGACAACAGAACUGAAAAAUCCAAAGAAAGGAGCAACACUUAAGGACUCCAUGUUUUGCUGAUUUCAGUAGAGUACCAGAUCUGGCACCUGUGGCAGGCAGAAGACAUCUAUGCGUGGAGUCUCUAUGCUCUUUUUCCAUCGGUAAUAAGCAGUGCGCAUGGGUGCAGGCACUUCUGCUAUGAUAUACUAUGUCAGUCUCGUGGUUGGGGACAGCUUGUCCAUCAGUAGGGCAUCACUGAAAUUGCAUAUCUUUUCAUUCAUUCUCUUUCUUCCCCCCAUGCAAACCCAUGUUCUGGGGCAAGGAGACUACAAAUAUUGGAUGUAAGAUUUAUCUGCUCCCUAAGAGAAGCGGUUUUCACUCUCCUUUCUAGGUGUGACUGUUUUUAGGUGUCUAACUAAAACUGCUCAGCUCGUCCUUACGUUAUGUUCCCAUUUGAAGAACAUGACAUUACUUUUUUUCUCUUCUGUUUAACUGGUCUUGUUAACUUUACCUGAGUUGUGUGAAAUUGUUUUCCUUGGCUGACUUUUUUCAAUAAUAUGAUUUUUCAAAUAAGUCCUUCUUGUACAAACUCUUGCUAGUUUCAUGGAUUGAAAUUAAUAGUUGAAUUUGGGAAAGGAAUACCUUGUCUUGAAAGCAGUAAAUACCUUUUCUAUUGCCACUUUUCUUUCUCCCCAUUCCCGUGCAAAGGGAAAAAAGCUUAUUUUAGGUUAAGUCCUAGUGGCAAUUGCCUACUUGAUCCUUUUAACAAAGAGUUGUUCCUCUUCCACUCCUUGCUUUGCUACCACCCUGAGGAAAGUAGCCUUUAAGUGUGCUAGGGUAAUCAACAGGCACAUCUGUGAUUCUAUGAUCUGUGUGGUCAUAGCUUGCAGUGAGCUGUAAACGUUGAAACUUCACUGUCUGACUAGCCCACUUUGUCCUGCAGAAGGUAGGAGGGCCAUUCAUUUGCCCCUUGAAAUAGCACGGACCCUUUGCAGCUCAUCAAGUGAUGUUCUGAAGGCUAUCUGCCUGUUUGCCUGCACUUUGCAGCUUAGAUCUUGCCCGCCAGGCUGCAUGGCUUCCACUGACCCUCCCCUGCACUUUGUGGGUAUUUUUAAUUCACUUAUAAAACCACUCUAGGAAGUGGGCAACCAACAGCCAUUUGCGCUGGGCUGUCUUUGGCACAAGGCUUCUGGGAGCUAUUCCAGGCCUGUCUGCUUUUUUCAUGCAUGUGUAGCUUCCUAUGUGAAGUACCAUCAUUGGUUUUUUUUUUAAUUUGAUAACCCUCUUAAUUUAAUUUUUUUUAAAAAAGAAGUACAGCUGGCAUUGAAGAAAAGCCCUUUAUGUUCUAAAUGUAUUUGUUUUUUCUCUGCCUUAACGUUUGAAAUGUAUCCUUUUAACAUAUCAGUCUUGAAAUUUUAGACCUAAUGACACUGUGAUAGCUAAUUUUUGUUAAUAAACAUUUUUGUUCCCAUU